UGCGCUCGGAGCGCAGGGGCUGUGUGCUUCGUUGCGUGCGAUGAGACACAUCGGGGCGUUUGGGGGCUCCACAGCCCUGUGGGCGCUGCUGACCGCCCACGUGGCGGCGGCGUUUGAGCCCGUGAGCGUGGGCAUCGCCAUCGGGGCCGUGUCGGCGCUCACCGGCUACCUGUCCUAUACCGACUUUUACUGCCGCUUCACCGAGUGCUGCCAUGAGGAACGGCCCCUCAACACAUCGGCCCUCAAGCUGGACUUGGAAGAGAAGCUGUUUGGACAGCAUCUUGCCACCGAAGUGAUUCUCAAGGCAUUGACUGGCUUCAGGAAUAACAAAAAUCCCAAGAAACCACUGACUCUGUCCUUGCAUGGCUGGGCUGGCACGGGCAAGAAUUUUGUCAGCCAGAUUGUGGCUGAAAAUCUUUAUCCAAAAGGCCUGAAGAGUAACUUUGUCCACCUGUUCGUCUCUACUCUGCACUUCCCUCAUGAGCAGAAGAUAAAACUGUACCAGGACCAGCUCCAGAAGUGGAUCCGAGGCAAUGUGAGCGCGUGUGGCAGCUCGGUCUUUAUCUUUGAUGAGAUGGACAAGCUGCAUCCUGGGAUCAUCGACGCCAUCAAGCCCUUCCUGGACUACUAUGAGCAGGUGGAUGGGAUUUCCUACCGCAAAGCCAUCUUCAUCUUCCUCAGCAAUGCAGGAGGGGACCUGAUAACUAAGACGGCCCUGGACUUCUGGCGGGCAGGAAGAAAAAGGGAGGAGAUCCAGCUGAAGGACCUGGAACCUGUGCUGUCUGUGGGCGUCUUCAACAACAAGCACAGUGGCCUGUGGCACAGUGGGCUGAUAGACAAAAACCUCAUCGACUACUUCGUCCCCUUCCUGCCCUUGGAGUACAGACACGUGAAAAUGUGCGUUCGGGCAGAGAUGAGGGCCCGAGGGGCUGCUGUGGAUGAGGAGGUCGUCACCAGUGUGGCAGACGAAAUGACCUUUUUCCCCAAGGAUGAGAAGAUCUACUCGGACAAGGGCUGCAAGACCGUGCAGUCACGGCUGGAUUUCCACUGAACUCUUCGCCCAGUGAAGUGGGACGAUCCAGGGGAGCCUCCCUGCCCCCCAGGGCCUUGCCAUGGAGAAGCACUUUGAAGCUCCCCACUUGGGGCUUUGCAUAUUUGCACCUGUGGACUUGGGGUGCUGUCAGUGCAGCAUCUGAAGAUGAACUUUUAGAACUCUCACUGUUACUGUGAAUCAAGUGCCUAAAAUCAAGUGUCUGAAUGCAGGCCAAGGGUCCUGUGUGGCCAAUAGCACCCAUGCUUCAGAUGCCACUAAUGGGCCUGCAGCCCCCUGCAGCAUCCUCGGGGAAGCAGGGUUUCCUGCCAGGAAUUCCCACUGUGCUGGCUUUUUGUUUUGUUUUGUUUUGCCUUGAGCUGGUACUCACAAUUUUCAGAAGCUGGUGGCACUGACAGGUGCUCGCUGCUGGAGCAUGUGGGCUUGACCUUGGCUGAACUGUCGGCAUGAGCAGCGGGCCUCCCUCUGAAGCCCCUGGAGCACACUGGGACACACAGAGCCUUUGAGUUUAUACCUUACUUUUGCUGCUGCUCACAACCCUGGCUGUGGAAUUCCCUCUCCUGUCUCCCACUGUGGGGUCACAGCCAUGUACCUUCCCUACCAACUGUUAGAUCCACCCCAGCCUCCCCUGCUUGCAUCAGGAUGAGCUGUCAUUUUUGAGGGAGGUCUUUGGUCCCUGCUUGCCUGUUACACUUGCUCCGAUUUGGGGAACAUGCAUAGGAAAAGAAGCUCUAGGCCGGGGCUUCCCGAAUCCCAUGGGAAGGAGAUGUCUGCUGCACACUAGAGGUGCCAGGGUUUUUGGGUUUUUUUUUUUUUCUUUUUUUUUUUUUUUUUUUUUUUUGUUUUUUUUUUUUUUUUUGACACACACAUAUUUAAAAUUUAUGUUUUUACUUCUAAAGCUUAGGUAAUAAAUGUAAGAUGUCAUGCAUUUAAAACCUAGGAAGUGCCAUGAGUGCAGGUGCACGCCUUUAAUCCCAGCACUCCUGAGGCAGAGGCAGGUGGAUCUCUGAGAGUUCUAGCCCAACCUGGUCUACUGGGUGAGUUCCAGGAGAGCCAAGACUACACAGAGAACCCUUUAAAAAAAAAAAAUCGCCGGGCGGUGG